CUCUGGCCGCCAUUUUUCUCCACCUUUACACCAGCUAGCUGGUUGACGAGCUGCGAAGUCCGUAAGAAAUCAUCACUGGAGGAAAAGACAAUUUUAUCCGAAUAAACUACAUUUAGAAAUUUUUAUUGUGCGAUACCAAGUGUCGUGAAGCCAAGUGGAGAUAAAUUCGAGGAUAAAAGCGUCGGGACUUUUUAAAACUCGUGCAUUAAAUUCGAUGUGAAGAUAGACGUGUUGCAGAUCCGCCAUUUUUUGUUACUGAAGUCUCGGACUUGGGGCCGAAGAGAACCAGCUAGCUGGUUGGAUCAUACGCAGGGAGAAAACUGCUGUGAUAUAUUUUAAUGGACUUUAAUGGAAGUUACUGCCUUGUGUGAGUCCUCAUCGUGAUGUAGACAUGUUUGUGAACGUAUAAUGACGUCCUUUUCUUCAUGGUGAGGUGGCUAGCUGGCUAACGGUCUAUAUAUCGUUUCGUAAACUGGGUUAACUUAGCUGGCUGUUUUUAACAUCACAUCACGGAAGAAGGACCUGAAAAGCGGAACUUGAAUGGAGCGUUCUCGAUUUGUGUCAAGUUGACACUAGUGAUUUCAUUUAUUUAAAAAAAAAUAGGAAGAAAAAAAACUGGUGAAACGUUUAGCUGUUGCAGCUUGUGUGUAUAAAAAGGUAACGGUUUAUUAGCAAUGAAACAAAGUUAGCUCAUCGCAGCCUGUCUGUGAAACGUCAGGUUGCGGUUCAGCUUUAGGAUAUAGGACUAGCAAAGAAAUAAAACGUGGCUUAAGUUUAAUUUAUUGGCUGUUUAUAUAAUAUAUUGCUCGGUCCAAGCUUAUUUAUUUGAGUGCAGUCAUGUCGUCAGCGCGGUUCGAUUCAGCGGACCGGAGUAGUUGGUAUUUCGGCAGUCUGUCUCGGCAGGAGACUCAGAGCCGGUUACAGGGACAGAGACACGGUAUGUUUCUGGUUCGCGACUCGUCCACUUGUCCUGGGGACUAUGUACUGUCUGUUUCCGAAAACUCCAAAGUGUCCCACUACAUCAUUAACUCGUUACCAACCAAGAGGUUCAAAAUCGGCGACCAGGAGUUUGAGAACCUGCCUGCGCUUUUGGAGUUCUACAAGAUCCACUACCUGGACACGACCACAUUGAUAGAACCUGCCCCCAGGUUCCCUAACCCGGCUCUAACUGGUGGCCCUAUUCAGUCCAUCGGCGGCCCCGGUGAUGAGAAUCUGGAGUAUGUCCGGACUCUUUAUGACUUCACUGGCAGUGACGCAGAGGAUCUUCCUUUCAAAAAGGGUGAGAUCCUGAUUAUCCUGGACAAGCCAGAGGAACAGUGGUGGAGUGCAAAGAACAAGGAUGGCCGUGUUGGAAUGAUCCCUGUCCCCUACGUAGAAAAGAUUGUCAGGCCAUUGCCUCACACUGGGACGGUUGGCCAUAGCUCACGCAACUCAAACAGCUAUGGCAUCCCUGAGCCUGCCCAUGCCUAUGCUCAACCUCAGACACCGUCGCCGCUGCCCCCUGGAACACCCGGUGCUGUCAUCAACCCGCUACCCUCUAUGCAGAAUGGGCCAAUCAUGGCAAGAGCCAUUCAGAAACGUGUCCCCUGUGCAUAUGACAAGACUGCCUUGGCACUGGAGGUGGGUGAUAUUGUGAAGGUGACCCGGAUGAACAUCAGCGGUCAGUGGGAAGGCGAGGUGAACGGUCGGAGAGGCUUGUUUCCGUUCACCCACGUGAAAAUAUUAGAUUCCCAAAAUCCAGAUGAGAGUGAAUGACCUGGGUGUUGCCAUGUUUGCGCCCUUUUCGACCUGCUGGCUGCCCUGCCGUCGUCACCACCCGAAUCGCACUUGCCUGCUUGAGGCUUUGCCACAGAGUGCAUCUCUUGAGCGAACCAUUUGCGUGGCUUCUGACUGUUUACAGCUCCAAACUCAAAUAGAUCCCUUUUUGCUUGUAUCGAUCCCCCAAAUCUGUAUUUUUGUUUGUGUUUAAUGUGCUGUUAUUUUCAUCUGUUCUUGUGCCAAGGUGAGCUGUGAACACUCUGGCAUGAUGUCACGCCUAGUCAUUCUUGCCUCCUUUUUUUUUUUUUUCCUUUUUGGAAAGCUAGCUUUGUUGACAAGCCAAAACCCACAGAGAAAGACAGACCGUAUCAUUUAAAAAAGAAAGCGAGUUUUUAAAAUGAGGUGUGGAUUAAAAUGAAAUCUUGUCCUCCUGGUUGUUCUACCCCUUUUGCUUUUUUUGUGUUUGUAAGGCAUAAGCUGUCCUAAUUUACCCCAUUUGGGGCUUCAUUCUCAACUUGGCUGUUUUCUUAGGAGGUGCAGAGCACCAUAUGAAUAAUAAAUAUUAAUUCAUGAUACAUUUCAGAAGCAGGCUUUGUGUGUGAAACUAGUCUACAGCUAUAGCCUUUUGGUUUGUGCCAUGAUAAUACACAAUGUGUAAAUAUCAGGUGUAGUUUGUGUGUGAAAUGGUUGUGGCUUUAGAAUGGUGAAGGUGAGGCUUAUUCAAUUUAGCACCAACUUAUCCAGUGAUAUGAGAUACUUUUGGGUUUGUACCUGAUGUAUACAUUCUGUACAGAUGCGAGAAGGAGCGUUUGCACACGGCAUCAUGAGGAAGCAUGUUUCACAGGUCGGAAUUGGUCUGUGAUUAAUGCUGCUUUCUGCUUUGCCCUUCGUUUCCACCUGAGCUCAACCCGUGUAGUCAUUUAGCUGAUUUUUGCACAUUGGCAGAUUUCAUUCGGUAAACGAUCAAUUUAGUGAUUAGUAGCAUUCAGCCUCAGACUUUUUUUUUUUUUUUUUUUUUAGGCUAGCCACUGAAUCAGUCCUUUACUGUGUGUUUAAAAUGAACUGUAGAAAAAAAAAGGAUCUCUUAUGGGUAUUUUCUAAAAAGGGAUAAAAAUGCUGGCUUGUUGCUAAUUACGCAUGAUUUGGUCAAUGGCAUUGUUUCUCCUUACCCUGCGUUCACAUGCCAUUCCUGCCUCAAACUGACAUGGUUUCACUGAUAACACCUAGCAAGUGGGGUUCAGUAUAACUCCUGUAUUUACUGUAAAACAGACUUUUUUUUUUUACAAACAAUUUUACAGGAUAGUCAUGUUCUGAUAUUUCACACGUGCCAAAAUUGUGAUGCAGUACAUUAUAUCUUACAAUACAUUGUUUUUUGUCAGUAAAUCAGUGGACAUAAAAUCUUAACAGAUUUGAAUGAUUGAUACAAAUAUCGUACAAAUACACAGUGAGAAACUGUGCUGUCUCAUGAUAUAAGAAAAUUGUAUUGUUUUCAUUUGAUGAUCAAGUUCUUAUCAUGUGCAACCUGGUAGCUUGAGCUGCUUCUCCAAGCAGCUUUUAAUUCGAAACUGUGAAAGAAAUUCCAACAAUUGUCACCCUACAUGUUCAAAAGAAUGGAUAAUAUUGUUACAGUGGUUUGUUGGUUGUCGAUCACUUUGCUUCUAUGUCACGUAAAAUGGGCUUAUUACUGCCAUCUUUGUUUCUGGUUGCUUUAUUUCACCAUGUUGCUGUUAGCAUGACCUCAGUGCUACUCCAAAAUCACACCGAUAUGCUAAAGUUACCAGAGGUCAUGAAUUUCCCGUGAAGGUUUGCAACAUACAGCCAUGUUUCCCAUGACAAAUAAAAUAUAUAUAGUAAAUUAGAUUUUAUACUUUUACUUUUAAUCCAAACGAUCAGCUCGGGUAAAUUCCUCAUAGCAGUUUUUCCUGUGUUCAAUUGUAAAGUCAUAAGUUUUUUUUUGUUUUGUUUUUCCCUCUCCUUUUAUUGUGAUGUGAUAUAAACCACAUUUUAUAAACAUGGUCAGUGAUUUGUUUAAUUUAUACUCAAAUCUACAUUUUGAUGACUAUGACAUAGAAGAUGACAUGAAGCUAGCCAGGUCAUGACCUUAAAAGCCUGGAGUGAUCGAGAUUGUGAACGCAGGAUUAGGUCUGCUGCUUUUGCAAUUUUAUUUUUGUUUUUGAAUGAUUGUGGUGAAUUAAACCUCCUAUUUUGGUUUUGCUCUCGGAAACGGUUUCAGGCAAUUUUUCUUUUUCUUUUUUUUUUUUAUAUAUAUAUAUAUAUAUAAAACAGUAUUACUGAGCUAAUUAUUUUGCAGUAGGUACCUCGACAGUGUCAGUAGUACAAAUAAUGAAAAUGUGCCUUUGGUUUUUUUUUUUUUCGUUUGUUUGUUUUUUGACCAUUUUCAUGUGUUUAAUAUUUGCCCAUCCGUAACAUCCAUGCUGAUACGAUCCAUUACGUACAGUGUGAUGAAAUAAAAUUUACUUCUGUUAA